AGGUUAUGUGAGAAGGUUGUUGUCACGCGGCGCACGGGCAUAAGUAAGAUUUGUGUAUGUGUCUGUGCGUGUGUCUGUGUAUGUGUGUGUGUGUGUGUGUGUGCGUGAAGAGAUAAGAGAGAGAGAAAGAGAGAGAGACGGAGACAGAGACAGAGGCAGAGACAGAGACAGAGGUAGACACAGAACAAAAAUCGAAGGAAAGUCCCCAAGCAGAAGCACUACUAAGAAGGGAGAAAAGAGAACCAUGCUGCACCGCGCCAUCGCCGCGCAGGACCAUAAGCACUGUCUUCACCUGCUGGAGGACGAGAAAAUGUCAACAUCCUGGACGAGAAGGAUGGGUCUUCGCCCCUGCACGCCCUGGCCAGGAAGACAUGGGCGGAUAGCUGUGGCGAGGUAGCAGCCCGCCUGUUGGAGAAGGGUGCCAAAGUGAACACCAUGGACCACGCCGAGCACACUCCGCUGCACAUCGUGGCGCGGGACGGCCGUUUCAAGCUAUGCCAACUCCUCCUUGACUACCGCCGGGCCACAAACCUCAACUUGAACGCGCGGCGGACCAGCGACCUCAUGACUCCUCUGCACUACGCGGCGCAGGAGGGCUGGAACGAGGUGGUUGAGCUGCUGCUGCAGGAGGGAGCUGACCCCACGCUGUUGAACAAGACCAAGUGGCUACCACUACACCACGCCGCCGCCAAGGGAUACGAGAAGUGCUGCCGCCUACUUGCUUCCAGUAACGCCGCUCCCGGCAGUUCGGACGUGCCGCCGCCGUUGUUCCUGGCAGCGCAAAAAGGUCACUACAGGUGUUGCAAGGAGCUGGUUGUUGAUGAAGACAGUCUACGAUACUGCGACGUCGGAGGCAACACAGUGCUCCACGUCGUGGCCAAGAAAGGUUUCAAUGUUUUGUUAGAGUUUCUUCUGGAUUCGGGUGCUUCGAUCAACGCGCGAAACAAAAGCGGCAACACGCCCCUCAUGGAGGCCGUGAAGAACAACAAACUGAUAUGCGUAAAGGUACUGGCAGAGAGAGGCGCCUCCUUAACAGAAAGAAACAGCGAAAACAGCACCGUCCUUCAUCUCGCGGUGUUCAGAAAGGCCCAUAAGUGUCUCGAAUAUUUACUGAGUCGUCAGAACAUAGAACAUCUACUCGACGUAAAGGAUUGCAAGAACCUGUCGGCGCUCUACUGUGCUGCCAAGAUGGACGACACCAGCUUCAGUCUGCUGAUUGAGGCUGGCGCUUCGCUCACCAGCAGCCAAGGCAAGUCACUGCUGCACUUCCGGCUCGUGUACCGGCGGCCCUGCAUGCUACAGAAGAUGCUGGCCCAUAAUGGCAUCGACGUCAGAAUCAGCGACGCUAACGGCGUGACACCGCUGCACCUCGCCGCCGAGGAGGGCUCCAAGGUGGCGUGCAGCCUCCUCCUGAAUCGCGGAGCAAGAAUCAACGCCCUCGACAAUUGUGGAAGGUCAUCCCUGCAUUUGGCAGCAGCCGCCAGCCACGCUGAUGUGGUGAGUUUCCUCAUCAGCAGAGGCGCCUUGGUGCAAGCAAAGGAUUACACCAAGACAACGGCCCUGCACGCUGCAGCAGCAGCAGGAAGCCAUGAAUGCUGCAAGAUACUAAUCAGUGCAAACCCCAGUCUCGGGAAUAACCGAAACGAUAACAAGAAGUACGCCCUGGACCUGGCCAUCGAGGGUGGCCACCCUGACACCGUCGAGCUGCUACUUGAGAACUUCAGGGUGCUACCAAAAGACUUGAAGAAAAGACUUCACGAAUGCACCCAACGCUGCGUCACCACCAAGAACAGAGAGCUUCUAGAUAAGAUCUUCAGGAGCAAGUAUUGGAAGUUUGGGUGCGGACUGGACGGGAUGGUGAAGGAGAAGCCGUGCCGUAACUUUCGGGACAUCAUUCAGCUCUACCCGGACCUUGCCUAUGAGAUCAUGACGCGCUGCCGGGAAGGAACCGUAAACAACUUCCGGCUCCUUGAAGACACCACCUACCUAGACAACGGAGCCAGACUAGAGGAACAUCCGGUGGGCGUGAUGGCGGGCUGCGAAAAUCUGGAACUAUUGCAGCAUCCGCUGAUGGUGGCGUGGUUACGUUACAAAUGGAGCUCAUACGCCCGCUGGCUCUUCCUGUCACUGUUGCUAUUGAGAGUGUUCCUCGUGUGGGCCUUGAUCCGCUUCGUGCUGUACACCACGAACUGGACACAAAUAGAGAAGAAAUACAACCUGACGGAGGAGGAGAUAUGCAGCGGCCUGGACGGAGACGAAGGACCAGCGAAGGAUGGCGUGGCUUCCUGGAGUCCCCCCGGAGGCUUCACCAUCUUCGAAGUCCACGUCCAUCUUACCGUGGCUCUGUUCCUGCAGGUUCUGGCGGAGGCGAUUUGUCUGAAGAAGACAGGGAUGCAGCACGUGGAGGUGUUCCUGCUGCACCUGCCCAGUAUGGUUCUGUCCCUCGUGGCUCUGCUCCCCACCUCCAUCUGUGAACUCACCCUCGGCAUCAAAUCGGUGUACGGGUGGGAGUGUGGUAUCCUGGCCCUGAUCUUCGUGUGGCUUGAUCUGAUUCACAACAUCAACAAGCUGCCACAGUUCGUCAUGUACUCGGCUGUCAACAUUAAGUUCUUCAAGAGCUACGCCAAGGGCCUCAUGUACCUGGGCAUGGUGGUGUUCGUGUUCUCUUUCGCCUUCCACCUGCUGCUGAAUGAACAGGCGUCCUUCCGCUCCGUGCCGCAGUCCAUGGUGCAGGUGAUGGUGUGGAUGAUCGGUGACCUCAACUACGACGAUAACUUCCUCAACGCCAACCUGGACUACCCGCUGCUUUCCACCAGUCUCUUCCUGCUGUUCGUCUGUACCGUCGGGGCGUUCUUCGUCACCUUGCUCAAGAGUCCGUCCUGCAACAAGAAGAAACUCCGUUACUGCAAGCAGACAGGAAGGCUCUAUCUGCUGCUCAAGAUCGACAUAUGCUUCCCGUGGUUCCGCGAUCUCUUCAGCGCUGAAGAGUACGACGAAAAAGAGAAGGUCCCGAACUUUUUUGUGAAGGUGGUGGAGCACUUCCGGAGAAGCUGCGGCAGGGCAUUACAGGACCGAGACUCUACAGACAGCGACCACGCAACAGUCAAACGCAAAAUUGAGAAACUCAUUGAGAAACUCGUGGCAUUCUUUGAGAAAAUGGCGGACUACUUUCAAAUGGAUGACAACGACGAUGACAGUGACGACGAAGGCGAUUGUGGACAGAGAGAGGAGGUGAAGAAGACGCUGGAACAACACACGCAGAUGUUUGAGGAGACGAAGAAACAACUGAAACUUCUGAUACAACACCUGGAGGAGAGGAACUCCCUCGCCCAGGAACCCCAAGGACUCAGACCUCCAGCACGCAGGAACACUGAGGACUUCUCUGAGCCUGACGUGUCUACCUACAUGUAGGCUGAGUGACGGCGGGUAAUUAACAAUAUUACAUCAACAUUCAUUCUCAUUUGAUCUGUUUCUUUUUUCAUCUCAUUUCCAAAGUGAGUGUGUGACAUUUUUCCUGAGAGUAUUUAUUGCAUCAUGGCUUUAACGUGGACUUAUAUACGGAAGUGAUCUUACAAUUAGAGAGUGUUUGUCUUUCAUAUCACUGGUCUCUGUUCGAAUCUCUUCAUUAUGCAAUUCACACAGCUAAAUCAUGUGGCUUCAUGUUAUUUCUUUAAACCUUAUGAACGUUGAAUUGUCUUUUUUAUUCUGAUACUUUUAUUGGUGAUUUAGUUCAGAAGGCAUUGCUCAGUAACUCUUAUUUCUUUGUGUUAUAAUGAGUCUGUUUCAGAGUAUGCUUCCAAUGUGACUGUGGGGAGAGCUUUGUCAAGUGGAUGUUGUGCAAAGUUUGAUAAAUACUGUUAUGCCCACUUUGGCAAUCAAUUGAUCCUUUUGUAUACUGGAUUCUCCUUCAAUAAACGGAGUUGAUACA